AUGGAAAAAGAAGUGCUUCUUGCAGUUAAUUUUAUGGCUUUGAGAGGAAAAUUUCGGCACCUCCCUGUAGUUGAGAAUGGUGAAGUUAUUGCCUUGUUGGAUAUCACAAAGUGCCUUUAUGAUGCUAUAUCGAGAAUGGAGAAGGCUGCAGAACAGGGUAGUGCCAUUGCAGCAGCUGUUGAAGGAGUGGAACGCCAGUGGGGAAGCAAUUUCUCUGCUCCUUCUGCUUUCAUAGAAACACUUAGGGAGCGAAUGUUCAAGCCCUCUUUGUUGAGUAUUAUAUCAGAAAAUGCCAAGGUUGCAACAGUAUCACCAUCAGAUCCUGUUCAUGUUGCUGCUAAAAAGAUGCGGGACUUGCGAGUCAAUUCUGUGAUUAUUAUGAUAGGAAACAAGAUACAGGGGAUACUGACUUCAAAAGAUAUCCUUAUGCGGGUUGUGGCACAUAAUCUUUCUUCUGAGUUGACUCUGGUGGAAAAGGUUCUUUCAGCUCCUACGACUUUGUUCCCAUUGUAG